CUAAAACUUACUUUUAGAUCGUCUUUAACCCUAACUCUCGUGUUAGGUUCAAACUAGUAGUACACUUAACAAGUGAUACAUCAAUCCCUUCCCUACCACCUGCACAAAACGCCAUGCAAAAUUUGAUGAUGACCACCAAACAUCCCAUUCACAAUUCACAAAUUUGCAGUGUCACAUUUAAGAUCAUUAACCAUUCUUUUCAGUUUUCUAAUCCUCUCAUUUUUUUUUCACCUUAACCUUACCCACUUUUUUCCAAUCAACAUAUUUUCCACCGCCUAAAUUCCAGCUUCUUCAACUAUUAUGCUUCUUUUUAUCAAUACCCAAUUGUUCAUUUGAUUGAAAUUAAGUCCAAAAUGUCCUUAAAAAACAUUACUUUAGUUUCUUGUAGUUGGGUAUUGUUCAAUUCUGAGGGGGACAGCAAAAUUUUGGAUUUGGAUAAGUAUUCUAUUCUAAAACGUUUGGGAAUCCAUGCCAGAGAUUUGAGGAUUUUGGAUCCUUUAUUGUCAUACCCAUCAACUAUUUUAGGUAGAGAACGAGCUAUCAUUAUAAACUUGGAGCAUAUCAAGGCUAUUAUCACAGCAGAGGAGGUUUGGCUUAGGGACCCAUUAGAUGAAAAUGUGAUACCUGUGGUUGAGGAGUUACAAAGAAGGUUGGCUGUUAAAGGUGCCCUUUUUGAAGGUUUUGCAGAUGAGGAUGAACAAGCUGCUGAUUUCCCAUUCGAAUUUCGGGCACUUGAAGUCAUGCUAGAAGCGAUCUGUAGCUAUCUCGAUGCUCGUACCACAGAGUUGGAAACUGCAGCCUAUCCUGCUUUAGAUGAGCUUACAUCUAAGAUUAGCAGCCGAAAUUUGGAUAGAGUUCGUAAAUUGAAGAGUGCAAUGACAAGGUUGACAAAUCGGGUCCAAAAGGUUAGGGAUGAACUUGAACAGUUUCUAGAUGACGAUGAAGAUAUGGGAGAUCUUUACCUUACGAGAAAAUUAUCAAGUCAUUCUUCUCCUGUAAGCAUCUCUUAUGCACCAAACUGGUGUCCCGUCUCACCGACUGUUCAAUCAAAGGUAUCCAGAACAAGUCGAGCAAGUGGAAUAUCUAUUCACGAGGAAAACGAUGUCGAGGAACUUGAGAUGCUACUAGAAGCUUAUUUUAUGCAAAUUGACAGCACAAUGAACAAGCUGACCACUCUCCGUGAAUAUAUCGAUGAUACAGAGGACUACAUUAACAUACAACUGGACAAUCACAGAAAUCAGCUGAUUCAGGUAUCGACAUUCCCGGAAAAGUCCCUUAAAUAUUGGUCAUUUUGGAGUGAGCAUUCUUUAAGUAUCGAGUUAUUUAUCAGGAUCCUCGAUAUAUAUUGGAUAUUUUCCGUGUUUGAUUUGAUGCAGUUAGAGCUUUUCCUUAGUUCCGGGACUCUUUGCUUGUCUGUGUAUUCCUUGGUAGCUGCAGUAUUCGGAAUGAAUAUCCCGUACACAUGGAGGGAGAACCAUGAAUACUUAUUCAAAUGGGUAAUAAUAAGGUAUGCUGCCAGCAAACUUGAACAAAUGUUGGAUUAUUCACAGCGAAUUAAGGGCAAAUAUUGAAGGUGGGGAUCAUUCCCAGCGAAAGAGCAAAAUGUUGGAUUAUUAAUGUCAAUUUUUCCUAAAAAUAAUGAAACCGUACACAUGUAUCAGGUUGUCAUCCUAGCAGGAAUGGCAAGUGCAUCAGUAUUCAUAUGGAUAAUGACUUAUGCUGGUCAUAAAGGUCUUAUUGGGAUUUGAACAAAAAAAAUAAGUAACCGACUGCCCGGAAAAUCAAAGGGUGCCAUUCGAACAAGUGUGUAUCAACUUUCAUCGGAUUGAAGGAUCACGAAAAUCUGUAAGCUGUAGAGAUAAUGUAUAGAGCGGCAUCAUGAACUAGACUAAUUACGUUUUCAUGUCCUUGAUAAGAACUUGCAUUAUGUAUGUUUGCAAUCAUAUGUUCAGUCAUCAAUGAUAACAGUAACCCCUAUAUCACCAUUCGAAUUGUCACGAUAA